AUGUUGAUUAAGAAGAAUCUGAAGUCCCAGCCUCAGGCAGAAUCUUGCACCACAGUUGUCAGAAUACCCGAAAUGGAGUAUCAAACUCUGGCAGUAGACACAAAGAGACUUCGCCUGAUAAGCCGUCUAACAGCUACAUUAGAAUGGACUGACCCGGAGAUGGCAUGGGAUACCAAUGUUUACCCAUAUGACAGGGCGUCUCUGCCAGUGGACAGUGUGUGGACUCCUGCGGUUUAUGUCACCAACGCAAUAACAGUUGAAUCGCAGCCCAGCGGAAAAGACCUGGUGGUUUUAAGUGACGGCACGUUAAAACAUGACGUCAUCGUGAACGCUGAGGUCAACUGUGAAAUCAACCUGUUCAAUUACCCGUUUGCAGCUGAUUCUUGCCCCGUGGCUCUUCAUACCUGGUUCAGUUCAGGAUGUGGUGGAGAAAUGUCACUUUGGAAUGUCACUAUGAAAGAUGGGGCGCAUGGAGAUUGGGAAACACAGAGUAUUUUCUACUACCAGCUAGAACAAAACAGAAAUUAUAUACUAGUGGAUCUGAAGCUACGACAUAUUAACCCCUUCGUCACCCUGAUGCUGCCCAGCAUCCUCAUCAUCAUGGCUGAUGUGGUGAGCUUUGCACUGCCACUGGGGUGCGGGGAACGCAACUCCUUCAAAGUGACGUUGGUGCUCAGCUUCACCAUGUUCCUGAUCAUUCUCAAUGGAGAGCUCCCUGGGGACGGCCAGUGCAGUCCCAUAAUCAGGAUCCACUUCUGUGUUUGUCUUGUCAUCUUGGUGCUGAGUAUGCUCGUGUCCAUGAUCCUCACACGAGUGGCCAAGGAAGGAGGUUUGAUUUUUUGCUGCUGUUCAAAAUGGAUAACACCUAAAAAGGAUGAAGUAAUGGAUGAAGAGACCACACCAGACGUGAGUUUUAUCCAGACUGAACCUGAAGGAGAACACACUCGCAUACUCAGAGAAGUGGCCAGCUCCUUCAUCCUUCUCCUGGCUACCACCACCAGGGUCUAG